ACAUUAACACUUUUUCACUAACUUUAUUUUCAGUUUUUUUUACAUUAUGGUUCGUUACCAUGCCUGUGUUCAACGUGUCUGCCUCACUUGCUGAAUUCAACCAAAGGUACGGGGUCAAGCCAGAGUUCAACGACUACACGCCCUUUUAUGUUACAAUCACCAUUUGCACAAUUGUUGGUGUGAUAUUGAUUUUGGUAAACUGGAUAUGCAGUUGCUGCCACGAACAUUCUAAAUACUGGAGUGACCCUGAUACUGGUAAUCGCUUUGCAUCCCUUAUCUUUAUUCGCAAGACAAAACAGCGACCAAUGGAUGCUAUCUAUUAACUUUCUCUUUUGUGUUUUAGAGAUCGUUGUGGAAGUAUUUAUUAGUUACCAUUUCAAAAACUAGCAGUUUAUCAGAUAUUUUCUCAUACUUUAAUACUGUGUUAUACUGUUUCUCAUUGGUAUAGAAUUAAGUUUAAAUUUUAUAUAGCGGUUAUGAAUUGACAUUGUCACA